AUGAGUGUGCUCCUUCCGCCUCACCCGAUCCAGUCUCCCCUCGUUUCACUCUGCCGAGAGCAGGCCAACAGCAAAGCCUCGCCUUCGUCUUUGCCUCAACAAACGGAAGCAAAAAAGUUGAACAUCUCUUCUGUGCCGCUCUCCUCUCCCGCCCCCGUCGAAUCAGCAAACGUUCCAGGCAUGAUCUUCUCUGAUUUUUGCGGAGCCUCUCGCUCUCCGCUUUCAAAACUUCGGUCACACCAUUCGCAGUUCCCGACUCACCUUCCCAUCACCACGCCAGAGUGGGGAGCCAAUGAGUACGCUGACCUAUUGAGCAGAGACAAAUUGAAGCAAAAGGAUGCUCUGAAACGAUAUUUGGGCGACAAAAUUCGCAAUGAUUGGGAGUUUGUUUGGCCUCCAGCAGCACCCGCAGAGGUCCAACAACUAUCUGAGCUCAGUCGAGACGUUUCCAACACGGGAUCCAACUCGAUUCCGGCUGGGCCAUGCGACGAGGUUGGCUACCAAGCGGAAGAAGGCACCGAGUUGGACGAGGCUGAAUCUGAAGCCGACGAGGCAGACCUUGACGACGACGACGAUGAUGCUGAAUCAGUUUACAGCGUCGUAUCGGAAGAUGCGACGCAUUUUCGGCCGCGAGCCGACUGGACUUCUGAUCUUUCUGACGAUGACCGUGAUGCGCCCACCAAAUACUCGCCUUUUCGGUUCCACAAUCCCAACUCACUGCAUUCAGCCGCGCUUGCCUUGGUCGAGGCAAAGAGGGCACGGAGACGACGUGCUUUGCGCCAGGAGAUGUCCUGGAACGAAGGUCUCGCUUGUUUCGAAGCUCGUCGCAAUGCUUGGACUGGCGCUAAGACGGUGCGUGUACGCAGCAAGCCUGUGUCGACACCUCCAGCUUCCCCACGGUCUCCGAGACGGUUCUUCUUUCGCCGCUCUAUUUCUGCAUCGCCUCCCGGCCCUACCUUGUCAAUAUCUUCUCAUUGCGGCGAUAGUACCGCAGCAGCUUCCGACACGUCGUCAUUAAGCAAGGACUUGGACAAGGAUCUGGUCAAGCACCGAAGCCGAGACUCGUCUGCCUCUGAAUGCACCCGCGGACAAGUUUACUCAGUCGAAACUCUACUACCCGUUGGGCAACCGCUCCUGCCACCCAGCAAUCCUUUACGUGCUUCGAUCUCUCCGGGCAUGUAUUUGAAUCUGUAUGAUAAAGUCAUUUUGCACAGCCUCCAGCCAGCCUGCCCCAUCAACUUGUCAGAUAUGCUUCGUUCCUGUGUUGUAGGCUGGAAGCGCGAUGGCGAGUGGCCCCCUCGCCCUUCAGCCCCAGAGCCGAUAGCCGUGACGCGCAACAAGGCGGCCACGAGCGCUGUCAACGAGACUGGUGGCAAUGUUGCCAGACGGAUGAGCUUCGGGCUGCUAGGUCGUGACUCCCAUGACGAAAUCCGCGCAGGUAAAGGCAUCAGGCGGAGCUUGCAGCGCGCGCUUGGGAUGGGGGUCAUGGCUGGCUUGGAAGCUUGA